UGGACCCUGCUACUACAUCUUCUAUAAAUUCACUUGUUGAAACCUGAAUAUAUUUGAGUGUAUGAUUCAAGAACUGUUCAACUGCAAAAUCUGAGCUAUUAGUCUUUAGGUAGAAAAGCUAGUUUUGUUUCAAAGGCUAUGGAGCAUGGAGAUUCAUUGUUUCACCAACCCGCGAAAUCACGUUCUGGUUCGACACUCCCCUCACAACAAACAAACACCUAUGCAAACAUAGAAAUUCCCCCACCAAACAACAAUGGCCUAAUUCUCAAUUUUGAUGUGCAAGAUAAUAGCAAGAUGCCAAUUACAAAUGUGACAAAAAUCACAAGACGAAUUCUUCCAAACAAUGCAAAACUUUCAGACAGUGCCAAGGAAAUGAUUCAACAAAGUGCUACAAAGUACAUAACCUUUGUAACUAGAAAAGCCAAGGAGCGAUGUCAAAGUGAGUAUAGAAAGAUUAUGAAUGUUGAGGAUGUGUUAUGGGCCAUGGAGAAGUUGGGAUUUCAUGACUAUGUUAGGCCUCUCAAUAUUUUCCUCCAACGUUAUCGUGACAUUGAUGGAGCUGACUAUUUUGCUCACACAGUGGACCCUACUCCUUGCACCGACAAUAAUAAUGGACCUAGUUUUGGGGUUGAGCCCAACCUUGUGCCCACCAUGGAGAUGCUUCAUGCCCCUUUACCACCACCAGUUCCUUCUUCUGGAUCAAACUUUUCCAUGGACCCAAACACAAAUAUGGAAAUAUUUGACCCAAAUGAUGUGAACGAACUCUACUUAGAAGGACUUGGUGUUGAUUGCUCGGAUGGUGCUUUCACAAACUUUAGCCCCUCUGCUCUCUUCAAAUAUGAUCAAGUGUGAGAUGGUAAUGGGAGAAAUUGAGGCGCGAUUAAUAAUUAUGGUAAUGAACUAUGAUACAAGGAAUAAGAAGUAAAAGCAUAAUUAUUGUUAAUUAAGAACUAUAAUUUGUUUAUGUUUGUCUUAACUUUAUUAUAUAUGCUUAAAACUAUAGAGAAAAGGGAGAGUUUAUGGAAUUUUAUUUUGCUUUUUGUUGUCUAUGAACCAUUUUGGAAUGGGGUUCACAAAAUUGAUUUGUUUGAAUUUUAAAAUGCCAAAAGUA